AGGAAGAUGAAGAUCCCUUUCCUCCUACUGUUCUUUCUGUGGGAAGCUGAGAGCCACGCAGCAUCAAGGCCGAACAUCAUCCUGGUGAUGGCUGACGACCUUGGCAUUGGAGAUCCUGGGUGCUAUGGAAACAAGACUCUCAGGACUCCCAAUAUCGACCGGUUGGCCAGUGAGGGAGUGAAACUCACUCAGCACCUGGCAGCAUCACCCCUGUGCACACCAAGCAGGGCAGCCUUCAUGACUGGCCGGUACCCUGUCCGAUCAGGAAUGGCGUCUCACUCCCUCCCUGGAGUUUUCCUCUUCACGGCCUCUUCAGGAGGACUUCCCACCAAUGAGAUUACCUUUGCCACGCUUCUGAAGGAUCAAGGUUAUUCAACAGCACUGAUAGGGAAAUGGCACCUUGGGAUGAGCUGUCACAGCAAAAUUGACUUCUGUCACCACCCUUUACAUCAUGGCUUCAACUAUUUUUAUGGGAUCUCCUUGACCAAUCUGAGAGACUGCAAGCCCGGAGAGGGCAGCGUCUUCACCUGGGGCUUCAGGAAGCUGGUCUUUAUCCCUCUGCAGAUCAUCGGGGUAACCCUGCUUACCCUCGCUGCACUCAGUUGUCUGGGGCUGCUCCGUGUGCCUCUAGGCGUUUUUUUCAGCCUUCUCUUCCUGGCAGCUCUGAUCCUGACCCUUUUCUUGGGCUUCCUUCAUUACUUCCGGCCCCUAAACUGCUUCAUGAUGAGGAACUAUGAGAUCACCCAGCAGCCCAUGUCCUAUGACAAUCUCACCCAGAGGCUAACGGCAGAGGCGGCCCAGUUUAUACAGCGGAACACUGAGACUCCAUUCCUGCUUGUCUUGUCCUACCUCCACGUGCACACGGCCCUGUUCUCCAGCAAGGAGUUUGCCAGCAAAAGUAAACACGGAGUCUACGGGGACGCUGUUGAGGAAAUGGACUGGAGUGUGGGGCAGAUCUUGAACCUUCUAGAUGAGCUGAAAUUGGCUAAUAAUACCCUUAUCUACUUCACAUCAGACCAAGGAGCACAUGUAGAAGAAGUGUCUUCCAAAGGAGAAAUUCAUGGUGGAAGUAACGGGAUCUAUAAAGGAGGAAAAGCAAAUAACUGGGAAGGAGGUAUCCGGAUUCCAGGCAUCCUUCGUUGGCCCAGGGUGAUACAGGCUGGCCAGAAGAUUGAUGAGCCCACUAGCAACAUGGACAUAUUUCCUACAGUAGCCAAGCUGGCUGGAGCACCCGUGCCUGAGGACAGGAUCAUUGAUGGACAUGAUCUGAUGCCUCUGCUUGAAGGGAAAACCCAACGCUCAGAUCACGAGUUUCUCUUCCAUUACUGCAACGCCUACUUAAAUGCUGUGCGCUGGCACCCUCAGAACAGUACAUCCAUCUGGAAGGCCUUUCUCUUCACCCCCAACUUUGACCCCGUGGGUUCCAACGGUUGCUUUUCCACACACGUGUGCUUCUGUUCCGGGAAUUAUGUCACCCAUCAUGACCCACCUUUACUCUUUGAUAUUUCCAAAGAUCCAAGAGAAAGAAACCCAGUAACUCCAGCCACUGAGCCCCGGUUCCAUGAAAUCCUCAAAGUCAUGCAGGAAGCCGCGGACAGACACACCAAGACCCUGCCAGAGGUGCCCAACCAGUUUUCAUGGGACAACUUUCUUUGGAAGCCCUGGCUUCAGCUGUGCUGUCCCUCCUCCGGCCUAUCUUGCCAAUGCGACAGAGAAAAACAGGAUAAAAGACUGAGCUACUAGCUGUGCCUGGGCACCAGGCAGAUGCAUGUAGUAAAGCUCACCAUCUUCAUUAUAAACACACACCUGGGAGUGGCACUAGGGAAAGCCAACUCCACCCACACCUUGGAUUUGGACUCAUUCUCUAUUUUAUUAACUGAAGGCUUGGGCCAGAGCUCAACAGCUAUUCAACUGGAGGGACAAAGGGGAUAAGAUCUGUAGUAUACAGAGAGGAAGAUGGUAGGUUUAUGCCUUCUGCGGCCAGAGUCUUGGACUAAUGGAAAGAGAAUGACUAGAGGGGCAUUUACAAGGCAUACCAGCACAGGCAGAUGACAAAAAGGUACAGAAGGCAAUCUUAAAACAGAAAGGUGCAGGAGGUACCUUUACUCACCUCUCAGCAAAUAUGUAUGUCAACAGUAUAUGUUAUCAUUUACUCUAUAAUCUGAAGUGAUGCAAUAACCACCAUGAUUCUGAAGCAUAAUAAAAAAGGCAAUCAAAUAAAAGAGAGUUUAGUAAUUUAAAUAUAAGUAACUUUAAGGUGAAUGAAAAAUCUUCUUUAGGAAUAAUAGAUGAGAUUAAGUUCCACUUUCGUUGUUGGAAGGGAAGUCAUUAUUACUGGUAUAGUUAGAACACAUAUCAAAUGCUCUUCAGCAUAUAUAGUUAUGCACAUGCAUACAUAAACACACACACACACAUACACAUGCACACAUAUAGUAUAUUUCUUUCCUCAAGAGGGUUAAGAUUUUAAAAUGGGGACCUAGAAGCUGAUCACUAUUUAAGUAAAAACAGUAGAAGCUCACAAAUAGAUUUGUUUGCACGAUGAUUUUUUUUUUUUUUUGCAAAAUUUUAUAGUAACAAAAAUCCCAAAGCAAAUCUCUCCUGAACUGAUUUCCAUUCCAUAAUUUGUAUUAUUAUUCUUGGAUUCCACUGUUUUCUUUGGGAGAAUGGAAGUUCUGAAUUAAAAGCCCACUGUGGAGAUGCUAUGGUUCAGGGAAUCUCUUCUAAUGUAAUUCAGAAUAAUUGGCCUAGAAAGUCUCUGAUAUUUGGAGGGGAUCAAAAAUCACUCACAAGCAAUGCAUGAUCUAUGCACAUAAGCAUGAUUUCCUUUAGUUUUAGGCAGAAGUUAGUCAUCAGAGAGCAGUCAUGUAUGCAAGUUUUGUAGCUGAGAAGUUUCAUUGCUUCCAGUUCACAAUGAGAUGAACAAUUUUGCUUUCAUUCUAUUUUCCCCAAAUCCCACAAGUCAGGGAAAACUCGUAACUGGUCACAUAGGAGAGAGCCUGAUAGUGGCACAGCUGGAGAUAGUUUCAAAGAUAGUUUCACCAGCCCAUCCUGAGGAAAGGCGCCUGUGGAAUGUAAAGUGCAAUCGUUUCUUCAGAUACAAGACUUUCCCCAACAAUAUGAUUGGAUUCCCUUAUGGCAAAAUCGAGAGAAGCUGCCAUCCACCUGUUUAUGCAUUCAUCUCUUUUGUGGACUUGUCUGACCACUUUCUAUUUGCCCAGAGUUUGCUCAAUUCCAAGACAGUGCUGUGAAUGGAACACCUGUAACCCCCACAACAGUUUGCAGAGAAUGCUAGCCAUGACUUGGGCUUUCUGAAAGUUGGCUAUAAUUUCUUUAUCCCUACCCCCAACCCUGGGAAGUUGGAGCAGGAAGGGGGUACUGUUGGGCUGGGAGGAUUCAACAGCAUUUCCCCAGUUACCCACUAAGUUCUUCUAUUUCAGGCAUUAAUUUUGCUUCUCUUUAAAAAAAGAAAAAAAGAGAAAGAAGUGAUUCCUACCGCCUAACUCCAGAAUUGUUGAAAGCUGAAAAGUAAAAAGGAUUCUUCCUUUUAACAUUGAUUUUUCAUUCCAGAAAUUGCAGGAGAAUUUGUCUUUUUGCUUUAGAAAACAUUCUUCUUAGAGAGGGCACUAGCUUCCUGAUGAUAUGUUAGGAUUGCUACUGAUACUAUCACGUGGAAACUAUUUAAAGCCACUGUUAUAAACUUAUGCUAUAAGAUGACAAUAUUUAGGCAAAGUCUAACAUAUUCAAUGCAAGUAAGACUUUCUGAAAAUACUUGAUGAUGUGGGAAUGCUGCAGGAUUAAAUAACUUGAAGAGCCUUUAUAGAUUAUACGAAUGGCUAUUUGUGUCUAGAACUAUUUAAUGUGUAAAAUGUUAACAGCAAAUGAAGGAUGAAAUAUAUCUCUAGAUGCAAAUGUAUUGAGUUUAAAAGUGCCUCAAAAUAAUUGAGAUCACAUUUCAGGGCAUUUAGCAAUCAGGUUGAUUUGUGGUAACCAUAAUCAUCUUAGAUAUCAAAUCAUUUACCAUCUGAAAGUUUUGAUUUGAAUGUAUAACAGGAAACUGGAAUUCUUUUGUCCAGGAGAAACCUCACAAACCUUCUUUACGGCAUAGUUUUGUUGUUUGUCUGUUUCUCUUUGCAGAGCUGGAAGGCAUGGCUAUGUGUUUACAAAGCAUCCCAUUCAUAUUACCUCUGGAGUUGUAUAUCCAAACCUUAGUGGGCUUUGAAGCUUUAAACAUUCUUUUAAAAAAAUUAUUAUAUUUCUAGCAUUACAUAGAUGUUAAAAGUUAAGCAAAUAGAUUAACAAUGUAUACAUAGGCAUCAUUUUAGAAGGUCAGCAAUGCUUCAGGAAAAGCAAUUGCAAUCUACCUAUCUAUGGGACUAAGAAAGCCCUGUUUUUUCAAAAAUGGAAGCCCACUUCUCUGAUUUUUCUGAAGGUCAUACAAUGAAAAGUGGAGGGGAAACACACACACACACACACACACACACACACACACACAAACAAGUAUUUGGCUUAUCACAGGAAUCUGAUUGUAUUAGGUGAAAGGAUUACUUAGAAUAUGUUAAUGCAAAGUUAAAAUUUUCCUUGGCAAUUAAAAA